AUGGCUCCUAACAAGCGGUCCAAGAAACUGGGCUCAUUGUCAAGUACUCGGCCGCCUACAAUCAAAUCGCAACAUGCGGCAUUAUCAUCCAAGGCCACGCGCACUUUGAUCCGCUCUCACCACCAGCUCCUGAAAGCGCGAGCCCAAGCCGAACGAGCAGGCGACGAAGCCCUCAAAGCCAGCAUCGACGCCCAAAUCCAUGCAAACGGAGGUCUGGAAAGCUACCAAACCGCCAGCAAAAUCGGGCAAUCCCUCGAGCGAGGCGGCGACUCCAGCAAACUUCUCCUAGACUGGAUCAAGCCGCAACUCUCCACCUGGACCGCAAAUCUCCCGAAACUCCGCGUCCUCGAAGUCGGGGCCCUGAGCACGAAGAACGUGAUAUCCAAAACGCCCUCAUUGACCGUUUCCCGCAUCGACUUGAACUCCCAAGAGCCGGGCAUUCUCAAGCAAGAUUUUAUGGAGCGGCCAUUGCCCGCUGCGGAUGCGGACGAGGAGCGCUUUCAUUUGAUUAGUUUGUCUCUGGUGCUGAAUUAUGUACCCGACGCGACGGGGCGCGGCGAAAUGCUCAAGCGCUGCGUCCAGUUCCUCGCGACGGAUUGUCCCAUCUCGCUUCCGCCGACUCUCUUCCUCGUUCUGCCUGUUGCUUGUGUGGAUAAUUCACGCUACGUCACUGAAAAGCGCCUGCUCGAGAUCUUGGCUAGUUUGGGCUUCGAGCUUGCGCAGAGUAAGCGGACUAAUAAGUUGAUUUAUCAGUUGUGGAAUCAUACCGGUGCCAGGUCACCGACGAAGUCGUUUAAGAAGGAAAUGCUCAACCCCGGCCACACUCGGAACAAUUUCUCUAUUAUUCUGAAAAAGGGAUGA